CUCGGCAGCCACCCCGUCCCCUGCCCUAGACAUUGCCUGGUGGCAUGUCACAGCCUGCAAGGCACCCUGUUCGGCCCCCGCGCUCUGGCCCACCUGCAUGGCCCCCAGCAGAGGAGUAGGGCUAUUCCGCCCCCUCAUGCUCACGUCAGGUCUGUCGCUUGCGCGCAUAUAGAGACGCUUCCCCUCACAUGCCGCCUUCCCGUCCGUCCCGUUCGCAACCUCUCCCCCCCCUCUUACUCCUUCUUGCAUCUUGUCCAGAGCUUCCCCUCUGCCCGACACCAUGUCAACCACCGAGUACUCCCAGGCGUACCUGAACGAGUCCCGCCAGCGGGACCUCUGGGCCGUCUCGAUCUGCUUCCUUGUCCUCGAGACGAUCGCCGUCGGGCUGCGCUUCCUCUCGAAGCGACUAGGUCGGGUGAAAUGGGGCCUUGACGACGUCUUCAUCCUGCUCGGAUACGGGUGCUGCAUGACCGUCGCCGCCCUGGGACUGAACGAUGUCAUCAACGGCGGUUCCGGCCUCCAUGAGGUGCGUGUGCUCGAAAUGAACCCGGAAACGCUCGUCACCUGGGGCCACAUGAUCAUCGCCAUUCCAUUGGUCUACGUCUUCGCCGUGGUCUUCCCCAAGCUCGCCAUCCUUCACCUCUUCCUGUCCGUGUUCACCGACAAGCGGGCCCGACUCACCUGCUACCUCACGGCCAUCGUCAUGCUCCUCAACAUGGUCGCCCUGUUCAUCACCGGCCUCCUGUCCUGCAUCCCGCUGAGCUACUACUGGACCGAAGCUCCGGGCGGCCACUGCAUCAACAUCAACAUGUACUUUCGCUGGGCGGGCUUCCCCAACCUGCUCACCGACAUCGUCAUGUUGAUCCUGCCCAUCCCCACCGUCUGGGCGCUGCAGCUUUCCACCAAGAUGAAGUGGGGCGUGCUGGUCACUUUCCUGCUCGGCAGUCUUGGCCUCAUCUCCUCCCUCUGCCGCUUCAUCGAAUUCUACCUCACCGAUGCCACCGUCGACGGCACCUGGUCCGCCACCCCCCUCAUCACCUGGUGCAUGGCCGAGUGCGGCAUCUACCUCAUCGCCGCCUGUCUGCCGCUGUACCGCCCGUUGGUGCGCCUGUUCAGCCGCAAGAAGCGCUCGCAGACCGGGACCGAGCUGACGGACACUUCCGACUCCAAGCAGGGGUUUAAUAGCACUGGCAGUCGCGCGUCGGGCCGCACCCACUACAAGCUGGGCUCGGUGGCUGAUGACGAGGAGGAUGCUCUGGGUCUGGUCAGCUAUACUAAGGUCGAGCAGGGGGCGGUCCAGGUCCAGGUCGAGCGGGAUGCCACGGCGCAUUGAUGUUUUCGGUCGGGGUCUUGGUGUGGAGGUUUAUUUUCUUCUAGUUGUUGUGGUUGUGCCCAUGUUGUUCAUAUUUGCCAUGCCGUAUACGUAUAAUUAUGUCUGUUUAUGAGGUCAAUUUCGCUGUCAUGGGGUCUACUGCUGGCAGGGGCAUUAUGGAAUCAGUUACCGUGAUGUUUAAUUACCUUUUCGGGCUGUUGCUCCUCCACCACCACCUCGCGUUUUGU